GCUCGCGCGUGAUUGAUGGCGGCGCAGACCAAUAGGAUGGAGGGCGGUAUGAAUACCCGCCAAUGAGAGGCGUGGGCCGGGCCGGUGGGCGGGGCGUGGCGCAGCCAUGCUGCUCUGGCUCUGGCUCUGCGUCUGCUGCUGCCCGGGCCACGGUUUACGCAUCCAUGAAUAUUUGUACUUCCAAGUGCUGAGCCCCGGAGACAUCCGCUACAUCUUCACUGCCACCCCAGCCAAGGAUUUCGGUGGUGUGUUUAACACAAGGUACGAGCAGAUCCACCUGGUCCCGGCGGAUCCUCCGGAGGCCUGCGGAGAGCUGAACAAUGGGGUCUUCAUCCAGGACCAGAUCGCCUUGGUGGAGAGGGGGGGCUGCUCGUUCCUGUCCAAGACACGCGUGAUCCAGGAGCACGGCGGGCGGGCCGUGAUCAUCGCCGACAACGCCUACGACAACGACAGCUUCUACAUUGAGAUGAUCCAGGACAGCUCCCGGCGCACGGCCGACAUCCCCGCGCUCUUCCUGCUGGGCAGGGACGGGUACAUGAUCAGGCGCUCCCUGGAGCAGCACGGGCUCCCCUGGGCCAUCAUCUCCAUCCCUGUCAACGUCACCAGCAUUCCCACCUACGAGAUGAUGCAGCCCCCCUGGACCUUCUGGUAGCAGCCAAAGGCUGUGGCAGAUUGAGGACUUCCUGAUGGAUCCCAGGAUCCUGCCCUAAGGACCAGGCUUGAGGAAAGGAUCCCAGCGUGCUCCAGAGAUCCCGCUGGGUUCGGCGACAGGGAGAUCUUUCUGCUGGCACCGGUGUGCGGCCAAGGGCAAACACCAAUGCCAGGGGGAACCUUGAGCCUGGCACUGGGCUGUGACUGUGUGGGAGGGAGGGGAGGGCCCAGAGCAGGCCAGCACUCCCCAGGAAACAUUUGACCUUGUGCUGCUGGUUUGGAGGGAUGCGAGACUGGCAGGGAUGGGGGGAGAGCAAUACAGGCUUGGUCUGUACCGGCAGGGCUCACCCAAUGUCUGUAUAUUUUUGUCUGAGCUAAUGAAGUCUAAUUAAGUUUUAGAGAAAGGGAAGUUUCUCUUUAAUUUCCAGCAGGCAGCAGAUGAAGGGAUAAAUCUCAUCCCCCAUUUUUUCCUAGUAAAAUUCUCCAAGUACCUGCUGCAGCUGGGUCAGGGCUCAGUCAGAGCCUCAUGGGACAGCACAGCCUCCAGCACCUGUCCCCAGGGGUGGGCUGGUCACAAAUCUAGAGCCCACACUUGCACAGGUGUCUGUUCCCUCACCUCACACCCCUGUCCGCACGGGACCAGCCCUUGGGUCACAGCUCUCUCUGCUCUCGGCACCCAGCAAGACAAAGCACAGGUCCCCAGCUGUCACCAGUCUUGGUUUAUUACGAACACUGAAGGGGAUGCGGCCCCGGGAUGGCUGGGGACAAGCAGCAGGGGGCAGGGCUGGCAGUGAUGGCAGUGUCACAGGUGUGCCACCCUCCGUCCCACAGUCCAGCUGCCACGGACACAGCGGCAGCAGAACAGCUCCCCAAAAUCCACAGAGGAAGGAAAUAACCCUGGCUGCAUCCCUGACCUGCUGCCCGUCCGUCACUUGGAGCCAUGCUGUCCCUCCAGCC